AUGGCUUCUUCAUCAAAACCCGAAAAAAUUUACGACGUCUUCUUGAGUUUCAGAGGUGCGGACGUGCGUAAAACUUUCCUCGGUCAUCUCUACAAAGCUUUGGACCAGAAUGGAAUAUACACUUUUCGUGAUAGCGAGGAAUUGAGAAAGGGAGACCAUAUAUCGACAACGCUUAUGAAGGCCAUUGAAGAAUCGUGCAUUGCAGUCAUCAUUUUCUCCGAGGACUAUGCGUCCUCAUGGUGGUGCUUGGAAGAGGUGGCGAGGAUUAUGGAAUGCAAGGAGCAAAAGAAGCUCACCGUUCUACCAGUGUUUUAUGACGUGGACCCAAGAGAAGUGAGAGGCGGCAGAGAGAGUUAUCGAAGAGCUCUGGCUAAGCAUGAGUCCACGUUUGGGAAGGAUUCGGAGGAAGUGAAGAGAUGGAAGAAAGCUCUUUUUGAUGUUGGUAACUUGUCCGGAUGGCAUUUGAAUGAUGGGUAA